AUGUCUGAAUUUCUCGGGUCUCGCAUUUCCCUCAUCUCCAAAAGCGAUAUCCGCUAUGUUGGUACCCUACAUGAGAUCAACUCGGACGAGUCGACAGUAUCACUUGAAAAUGUGAGGUCAUUCGGAACCGAGGGUCGCAAGGGCCGACCUGAAGAAGAGAUCUCUCCCUCCGAUCAAGUCUACGAGUACAUUGUCUUCCGCGGCAGCGACGUCAAGGACUUGAGGAUUGAAGAACAUCCCAACAUCAAGGAGAACAAGCCUCCAGCUGUGCCCGAUGAUCCGGCCAUCGUAGGCGCUCGAGCUCGACCUGGUGCCCAAGGACCCAACCAGAAUGCCCCACCCGGACCUGGUGCUUUUGGUCAAGGUCCUCCAGGCCCUUACCCUCCAAACAACUUCUACGGAGGCCCACCACCUGGCAAUUGGGGUCGUGGCGGUGCUCCUCCAGGACCCGGCCCUGGUCCCAACUUUGGAAACAUGCCGUAUCCCCCUCCUCCUGGCUGGUUCCCUCCUGGUCAAGGCUUCCCAGGUGGCCCUGGUGGUCCCAACCCUCCCGGAGGUCCAGGUGGUCCAGGUGGCCCUGCCCCAUGGGGCAACUACCCGUUCCCACAGGGCCCUGGUGGCCCCGGCGGUCCUGGUCCAAACGCGCCGGUUGAAGCACCUGCCAAUCAACGAGCUACACCCGGCUCUGGCCCUGCGCAAGAUGGGAAGCCAGCUCCUAUUGGCCCUGGCGCUGAACGUGCCAAGGCUGGCCCUCACAGCGGACAAGCGGCACCUCCUACAGAACCCAAGUCACUGGCACAAGGUGUGCGACAGCCCUCACACGCCCCAACACCACCUGUCGACUCGAAGCCAUCUGUUGAGGAGGUCAAGCAGACUGCUGCUAACCUGACUGCUAAUGGUCAAGCUGCUGCUGAGGCGAGCAAGGCUACUCCCGCAGGGCCCAGGAACCAUCGGGUCAACCCUGUGAUUCCUUUGACCGGGGCUGUUGCCAAACCUUUCUCUCUACCUGGUGUCACAGGAGAUGCUGCUAGCAAGGCUCCUGCGGCUGUUGCGCCGACCAACGUUCAAGACGCAACCAGCGCUGCCCGAGCUGCAGUCGCACAAGCUAUGGCUCAAUUAGGUGGUAACGGUGGUAACAGUGGCAACGCAAUGGAUAACUUGACCAACAAGGUUAAUGAAAUGCGAGUCAACGCGGUCCGAGGUGGACCUACCAGUAGAGGUCGUGGUCGCGGUGGACGUCCUCCUGCCGCGAAGGUCGCUGUUCCUGAUUCCGACUUUGACUUCGCUCAGUCCAAUGCCAAAUUCAACAAGCAUGACCUUGCCAAGGAGGCCAUCGCUGGAUCUCCCUCGGAGAUUCCUGAAAACCCUGUUGAAACUGAGCAACCCGAGGUUGCAACUACCAGUGACGAUGUUCCUGUCGCCUAUAACAAGACGAAAUCGUUCUUCGAUAACAUCUCUAGCGAAUCCAGGGAGCGUACCGAAAAUGGAGGUCAAAAGCCCGGUGGUCGCGAAUGGAGAGGCGAGGAGCAGCGCAAGAACAUGGAGACCUUUGGCCAAGGCAGCGUUGACGGGGGCUACCGCAACUAUCGUGGACGCGGUCGUGGUCGAGGUCGGGGUGGUCGUGGCGGCGGUGGUUAUCCUCGCGGCGGUCGUGGUGGAAACCGCCCUCAGUACCAAGUCUCACCCGGUCCACAAUAA